AUGGCGUGGACCCCAGGUACGCCUUACACCGUGGUCACGUCGAGCGAGGGCGGCCAUCUCUCGCCGAAGCCUCUUGUCAGACACCGGCGGAAUUGGUGCUUCGCGUUCUCGAAGCAUGUCUUCAUCCUCGCUGGGGCAUUAUUCGCGUGCCUUGCUCCUACGGUCGGCUUCCUAGUGGCUUUGAAGCAUUUCAGCAACCGUGUCGACGUUGAGAAUGAAAUAGACCCCAACAAAGCAAUCUGUCGGCCAACUCGGGAGGUUCCUGCGGAUAUCAACAAGUUUUCCUCCGUCACUUUCUCCACCGGCACUCUUAGCUGGGCAGAAGCGAAGGCGGUCGAAGUGCUUUGGAACUUUAUCAUCGGCAAGAGCAUCCAAGCCACCCUCGUGCUGAGCUCCUAUUGGGUCUUCAUGGGUGCUCUCCUGCGCAACGCCGAACGGACACCGAUACCCUAUAACGUCUACUCAUCGCUGGCUUUCCAGCACGGAUCGCCCACGUCGUUGUGGCACAUACUCAAGAACUUCGGGAAACUGCGAGGUGCCAGGCUGAAGGCCACACUUCUGUGGCUGGUCUUCUCCAUCGUGUUCAUCCUGGCGUCUCCGGGCAUUCUGGACCUCAUGGCGGGAUACAUCUCGAAGAAGCAGGCCCUCGUCAAGCUGCCCAGUGGUGUCCUCGUGCGCUGGAGCAACGCAACGUACGUCACGAACGGCCAGACAUUUCACGUCUCGGACCCGUGGUUCUACAAGAACAUCCCGGAUGCAGAUGGCACGUUCCACCUCUUCGACAGCACGUACAAGGCCAGCGACCUAUUCACACCCGGCGGACCCAAUCCAGUCCCACACUUCGGCACCGCGAAGCAGCAGCAAGCAGGAGGGCCGUUCGAGUGCGUGCCUACCUACGACAACACGUACGAGUGGGGGCUGGCUCCGGGGAUCCUGCUCAUCUGGAUCCCGCUCAUGCUGAUCUGGACGGCGGGCAUGUACCUGGUGUGGUUCGACACGCAUCGCAACAGCAAGCUGUGGCGGCGCGGGCGAAGGCUCGGCAUGUGGCGAGCGGUGCUGGAUCUGGCAGAGGCGAUUCGCGAGGACCUGGGCCCUGAUCUUGCGGGCUAUUCGAACGAGGAGUUGGACAAAGCCAUCGACGAGAAGGGGUCGAGCUGGAUGUACUAUGCAUCGGGGCCGGCGACUGGGCGGCCCGUCAGCCACAUUGGGCUGACGUCCAGAGCAGGCGGGAAGCUCGCCAUGAGCGACGACGCCGGACAGCUGUAUGGGUAG